AUGCCUCGUGCGGUGGUAGCGAUGGCCUCACGAUGUAGGGCUCGUGGUAAGGGUGCGAGCCAUGGUGGUCAGCAACGAAAGUGGGGGGGGGGGGGCGUGGUGGCUCCAGUAAAGGGUGUGGUGCUGCAAGUUAGGGUUCAAAGUGGUGCGGCAAGAAUGAUUAGGUGCUGGGUGGCGCAACUGAGUUCUGGUGUGGCGGAGCGUAACGAUUUAGAGAUGGGAAUGGUGCUGGUGUGGCUCUAG